AUUUUCGUGAUUAUUCUAUCCAUUUCUGAUCUAUAAAAUCCUCCACCAGUUCUUCCCAAAACCUCUCCUCUCCGUUUCCUCCCUUUAAGCCUUCUUUCUAUCUCUCUGUUCCUCCUCUGUUUUGUCUCUGUUUUUUUUUUUUCCAGAUUUUUCCGACAAAAUUUGCAGAUGCGUUUUAAUACUUCCAUUCUUGUCUGCUGAUGGUUUGUAUUCAUGUCUCCUGUAGUCUGUGAGAUACUUCUCUCUGGUUUUACCAUUAACUCCGCCCUCCGCCGUGGUACCCAUCUUGUUCAAUCCCUCUCCGUCGUCUUCCUCUACUGGUUUUACGUUUUCUCAUGAACUAAUCCCCGAUUCCGAUCUUAAAUUCUGCAAAAAUUUCCAAUAAUUGCUAAAAUUAUCAUCUGGGUUCUUUAAUUCGUGCCGUUUAGAGCAAAACCCAUAUCGAAAUUCAUCAUCUUUUCGUGAACACACACACAAAACAAGAAAAUCCUCUGUUUUCCUCUGUUUUUUAUACGGCCGGUUUCAAUGGCGUCUACUGUCGGAAGUCCGUCUAAAUCUCUGAGCUCCGACGAAGAUCUGCGGCAGAUCGUAGAUCCGAGGAAGAGGAAGAGAAUGAUAUCGAAUCGAGAAUCUGCUCGCCGAUCUAGGAUGCGAAAACAGAAGCAGCUCGACGAUCUGACGUCUCAGGCUAGCCUACUCAAAACAGAGAAUGAGCAAAUCGCUGUCAAUUUCAGUUUCACCACCCAACUUUACCUGAAUCUGGAGGCGGAGAACUCGGUGCUCCGAGCCCAGAUGGCGGAGCUCCGCUAUAGAUUGGACUCAUUAAACGAAAUCAUAAGCUUUAUAAAGUCGAGUACUAGAAAUCUGUAUGAUUGUGAGGAACAUGAUGAAGUUUCUGAGAUUGAUGGGGUUGUUGAUUCUUGGGGGCUCCCCUUUCUCAACCAGCCAAUCAUGGCGGCUGGUGAUAUGUUUAUGUGUUGAGUGGAAAGGAAAAAGACAACCAAAACCAGGGUGGAUUUCAUCAUUGUUCAUUGGUACUUUGGUCUUGUUUAAUGUGGUUGUGUUCUUAUUUGGAAUGUAAUCAAUGUACCUUUAAUGAUAUUAAACAAAAAGAAAACUCAUUUUAUUACAGAGUGUUCACCCAAU